UCUAUACACGUAUUCGGCGUUUUUGCUUCAGGCAUUCGGCAUUCGGCAGUUAGUCUUGUGGAUUAGACUGUGCCGGUGAAUAUUUAAAACGUUUCCGACACAGUGGGUGUUGUCGCGAACCUUCCAGAAAUGAGACUAAUUCUCUUAAUAGCCUUAUGGCUAUGUUUAAGUAUUGCGGUACGAUGUGACGAUGACGACAGAGAAGAGGCAACAGUUACUGAAGAGCUUCCUGAAGGUGUUGCAGAAGAAACAGAGGAAGUAGUUUAUGUAAGCCCUACACCUAAUGGCCACAUUUAUUUCGCUGAGCACUUUGAUGUCCCUGAAGAAUUCGAAGCCAAAUGGAUUCGUUCUCAAGCUAAGAAAGAAGGGAUUGAUGAAGAAAUUGCCAAAUAUGAUGGAAAAUGGGCUGUUGAAUCAUUGAUGAAAGAUGGUUUGAAGGGUGAUUUGGGUUUGGUGUUGAAAUCAAAAGCGAAACAUGCUGCCAUUUCUGCUCCGUUAGACAGACCAUUUGUUUUCACAAACAAACCAUUGAUUGUGCAGUAUGAUGUUACAUUCCAGAAUGGACAAGAAUGUGGUGGAGCUUACAUUAAGCUGUUAACUCAGGAAACAGGAAUGAGGUUGUCUCAGUUUACAGACAAGACACCAUACACAAUUAUGUUUGGCCCCGACAAAUGUGGAAAUGAUCACAAGUUACACUUCAUUUUCCAACACAAAAAUCCCAAAGAUGGUUCUUUCUCUGAAAAGCACGCUAAGAAGCCUAAUACUAGACUCGACGAAUAUUUCAAGGAUGGAAAGCCUCAUUUGUACACACUUAUGAUUCAUCCCGACAACACCUUCGAUGUGUCCGUUGAUUACAAAAUUGUCAACAAAGGAACUCUCUUAGAAGAUUUCUCUCCACCUGUGAACCCUCCUUCCGAAAUUGAUGAUCCUGAAGAUCGUAAGCCUGAUGAUUGGGACGAACGUGAGAAAAUUGCUGAUCCUGAUGCGAAGAAGCCAGACGACUGGGAUGAAGAUGAACCCGAACAAGUUGCUGAUGCAGAUGCCGUUAAGCCAGAUGGUUGGUUGGAUGAUGAACCUGAAAUGAUUCCUGAUCCUAGCGCUGAGAAACCUGAAGACUGGGAUGAAGAUAUGGAUGGCACGUGGGAGGCUCCCCUCAUUAACAACCCGUCUUGUGAAUCUGCUCCCGGCUGUGGGCUAUGGAAGGCUCCGAUGAAGGCUAACCCCAAGUUCAAAGGCAAGUGGCGAGCAGCCAUGAUUGAUAACCCAAAUUAUCGCGGUAAAUGGAGACCACGCCGGAUCCCUAACCCCGACUUUUUCGAAGACAAGCAUCCCUUCAACAUGGCUUCAAUUGGUGCGGUGGGUCUUGAGAUUUGGUCCAUGUCGGAUAACAUCCUGUUCGACAACUUCAUCAUCACCGACGACAAAAUCGUCUCUGAACAAUGGGCAGCUGAAACAUUUGAUCUGAAGAGGAAUCUCGUCGAUAGAGAUCAGGCGUUCGCUGAGAGCGUUCGACGGUGGAUGAACAAGAAAGAGAAUGCAUUCAUGGUGUAUGGCAUGUAUCUCUCCUUGCCAGUUACACUCUACGUCUGGUUUCUGUGGCGCAGAGUUGUUGAGGAAAAACAAGAUGCCGCUCGUGCCGCUCUACAGAAAAAAACAGAUGAAGCCGGUGAAGAUGACGAAGGAGGUGAUGACCAACAAAAUGAGGAUGAGAGUGAAGGUGUGCCUCCGUUAGAAGGGGAAGAAGAUGAAGUCAAAGACGAUGAUAAUGCCAAAGAUGACGAAGCCGAAGAAGAAGGUUCAGAAGAUGCUGCAGUUCCUGAAGAACCUGCAGUUGAGAAGGGAACUCGUCGACGAGCCCGAAAAGAUUGAUCGAUUGCUGUUCAAAAUUUAUGUGCAGUUUAUAAGAAAAAUGAAUGAACGAACAUUAAUGAUUUGAUAUGCAAACAGAACAAGGAAAGAAAGAGGUUGUCAUUGUAACACGUUUAGUGUGCUAUUCAGUAGAACGGAACGCAGUUUCGGGUAUGUCCAUUUAAUAAUACUAUUUCAUGUCUCAAGAGCGAAAUACCACCCCUAAAAAUUCUCUAAAA